AUGGUUGCCAUAAAGCGGAAGUACCAGAACCUCGAAGCCGAAUCGCGCGAUCUCCACGACCUAGUCCAUAUGUUGAUGGACCGUCCACGCCAAGAGGCAAUUUUCAUCCUCGACCACAUGCGUAGGACUCACGAUGCAUCGUCGACGCUUGCCUUCAUCAAGGACGGGGACCUACUCGUUUGGGGCCGGAGUGUCCCCCAUCCUUCCGAUUCUACCACUGUCGACCACGAUCCUGUUCGCGAAAUCACCCAGAGAGUUGACCUCAUGAACGGCCGCGACAACCCGAGAAGUGCCAGUCAAGACGGCAGUGAGAGCAUUGAGCCGCCCAAUUCGCCAAAGAGACGCCUUGCCAUCUCCGACCUAGUCAACAACACCUGA